AGACUGUGUAGAUCGACUUUUCAAAGAAGAUCAGGGUGCCUGGAAGCAAGGAUGCAAUCAUUUCCUCCAACGACGCUCUCCAAUAAAAAUCACAAAAGAAUACGCCGAGCACAAUUGCAAAGCGACUGUAAUCCGGCUCAAAGAAAUCAAAAAUUACGGUUUUGCGUUGAAAAGUGCUACUUUUCGUUUAGUCUUCAAGAUUCUCAGGGCAGGAAUCGAAGAGAAAGGGCACUUUCGGAAUGGCAUUUCACAAACAUAUUGGCUCUUGUACUCUAGAAUACAAUAUUUUCUGCGAAAUUCUUUAAAUGGGAGGAAAUCCGUGGAAAUGGAAGAGUUGAAGGUUAACAUUUCUCGGUUGAUUGGAGAAUUGAAAGCUCACAGUUAUCGGAAUGAAUAAAAGUGAAGUUCGUGCGACUCCAAGAAAAGCUAAAAAAACUUCCCCUUAUCUAUGACGAUGAUUCCAUGCAAAUCCACACCACACCCAACAACCUCAGCUGAUAACAUUUUUCAUAUAAACAGGGGAGGUUCGAAGACCUUUGAUAUAUGCCAAAAAUAAUGUUUCGUCUAGCAUUCUCAUUGUGUGUUCUGCAGUUGGUCUUUGGUCAAUGCACACGGCCUGAUGAUAAGUAUAUUGGAGACCUGUGCUACUCAAUUUCCGCUCAACUCCUAAAGUUUACGGAUGCUCAGUCGGCGUGCUACAGCCAAAACCAGAACCUCGCAGUGAUUCAUACCUCCCUCCAGGCAAACUUUUUGGCUUCAAUCGUCCGCACUCAAACCGGCUCACAGAAGUUCUGGAUUGGUUUGAGCCGAGCUUCUUCCAGCUCGAGGUUCCAAUGGGAUGACGGAACCACAAUGUAUUGGAGUAACUUUGAUAUGAACUUCCCGAAGGACAAUAACUAUGUCGCUGAGAGCACGCUGAAUGGAAAAUGGCAGACGUUGGCUGGACAGAAGGAGCUUCCAUAUGUCUGUAGUUACGAUCCAAAGUACUUUACAGCUGGACCACCGGGAUCAACUCCGAACUAUGGAUCGACUGGCUACCCGGUGUCUUACCCAGUCUCCGGAGCAACAGAAUACCCAGCUUCUUCCAUGACCGACUCACCAGCUUCUGGAGCUACCGGUUACCCGGCUUCUGGAGCCACAGGUUAUCCAGUUUCUGGAGCCACAGGUUAUCCUGUCUCUGGGGCUACCGGCUAUCCAGCCUCUUCCAUGACCGACUCACCGGCUUCUGGAGCUACAGACUAUCCAGCCUCUGGAGCCACAGGAUAUCCAGCCUCGGGAGCCACCGGUUAUCCGGCUUCUUCUAUGACGGACUCACCGGCUUCUGGAGCUACAGGUUAUCCAGCCUCAGGAGCCACAGAUUACUCAGCCUCCGGAGCUCCAGUGUCUGCUUCCACUUGAUCGUUCUGAUAACUGUAAUAAAUAUUAUUUGCUACC